AUGGCAAUGGUAGUGUGGAGAGGCUCCCAGGACGAUGUGGCUGACACCCAAGGCGCCCUUUCCUCGCAGACCCAAGGAGGACUAUCCCUUCCCACGCCUCAGCCGGGCCAGUUGAGUCUGACAGCGUCUCAGGUCGCCCCUCCGACCCCCCAGACUCCGGUGCAGGGACCCCCGAACAACACGCAGUCCACGCCGAGCAACCAGACCACGCAGCAGUCGGAGAAGCAGCCGCAGCACAUCGAGUGCGUGGUGUGCGGGGACAAAUCCAGCGGCAAGCACUAUGGCCAGUUCACCUGCGAGGGGUGCAAAAGCUUCUUCAAGCGGAGCGUACGACGGAACCUCACUUACACAUGCCGUGCCAACAGGAAUUGUCCAAUCGACCAGCACCACCGCAAUCAGUGUCAGUACUGCCGCCUCAAAAAAUGCCUUAAAGUCGGCAUGAGACGGGAAGUUUCUCUUUUUACUGCAGCCGUGCAAAGAGGACGGGUGCCACCCACACAGCCACACCACGGCCAGUUCGCCCUGACAAACGGGGACCCACUCCACUGCCAUUCCUACUUAUCCGGAUAUAUCUCUCUUCUGCUGAGAGCGGAGCCCUACCCGACGUCCCGGUAUGGCAGCCAGUGCAUGCAGCCCAACAACAUCAUGGGCAUCGAGAACAUUUGUGAACUAGCAGCCAGGAUGCUCUUCAGCGCCGUGGAGUGGGCCAGGAAUAUUCCCUUCUUUCCAGACCUGCAGAUCACCGACCAGGUGGCUCUGCUGCGGUUGACGUGGAGUGAGUUGUUUGUGCUGAACGCGGCGCAGUGCUCCAUGCCCCUGCAUGUGGCUCCUCUGCUGGCCGCGGCCGGCCUCCACGCCUCCCCCAUGUCCGCGGACAGAGUGGUGGCCUUCAUGGACCACAUUAGGAUCUUCCAAGAGCAAGUGGAGAAGCUCAAAGCGUUGCACGUCGACUCUGCCGAAUAUAGCUGCUUAAAGGCAAUUGUGCUCUUCACCACAGAUGCUUGUGGCCUCUCAGAUGUGGCCCAUGUGGAAAGUUUGCAAGAGAAGUCCCAGUGCGCCCUGGAGGAAUAUGUCCGGAGCCAGUACCCCAACCAGCCAACACGGUUUGGGAAGUUGUUACUCCGCUUGCCUUCGCUCCGCACAGUCUCUUCCUCGGUCAUAGAACAAUUAUUUUUCGUCCGAUUGGUAGGUAAAACCCCAAUUGAAACUCUCAUCAGGGAUAUGUUGCUUUCGGGGAGCAGUUUUAACUGGCCUUACAUGUCAAUUCAGUAA